UUAGUUGGGCGCCCGCUCCUCCAACGGCCAUUCCCACACACACACACACUCUCUCUCUCUAUCUCUCUGUUCCAUUUGAGUACAAGCAGAGCAAAAUGGAGAUUUUCACAACAAAAUCAGUGCCCAACACUUCCCCCAUUUUCCCCAUUCCUCAACACUAUACCGACUACGGCUUUGAACCUCAACUCGACUACUUUCAGGUUUUGGAAGAAGCUCGAAAGCAGAAGAGAGAGAGAUCCAUAGACCUCCAUUUCAAGCUGCAGAAGCCCAUCUCCAAAGACGAAUCCUCCAAGAAAAUCAAGAAGACCAAGAAACGGUGGUGGCGCAACGCCCUUCACUUCUUCAGGCCCCCCAAAGGGGUGCCUCUGGUCGCCGACGGCCGCUGCUGCCACCGUAUAUCGAGCCCAAUUUACAUCACUGAGAGCAGGAGCGGCGCCUCCACCCCUUACAGGAGGCCCGGUGAGGCCGCGGGUAUCCCGUAUUUCAGUCUCCGGGAGCUGAAUGCGGCGGAAUCCCACCGGAUUUCUGUGGUGGAGAUGCCAAUUUAUUUGGUCACGUGAUGACUGACUUGAACGCCUUGAAGGGGAUUGUUUUAGCUUUCCUAUGUAACCUUUUUUGACCCGAUUUAUUUAUUUCAAGUUGGGGGUUUUUCAAGAAUGCCACUCUCUAUUUAUUUGCAGAGAGGAAUUUAAAAAGAAGAAGUAGUAGAAGAAGAAGAAUGUGAUUGUAUAAUUUGUAUUGAUUGGGAAUGCAAUUUGGCUGGCUGUGCUUGUUUUUCGCUAAA